AUGGAUGCUGUUGCAGAGGAAGGAGAUACAGUUUCUAUAGCAGAUUUGACGAUUGGUUUGCUUAUUGAUUUAUUAAAAGAUUCUAAUGAUAAUUAUGAAAAAAUAUUAUCGGAACUUGAUGAUAAUAUUCGUAAAGCAGAAAUAUGCCUAGGUGAAAUAAAAAUACGAGAACGUAAUGCAUUAAUAAUCUGGAUAGUGUAUUCAUUAUUAGCAUAUAUCGCAUAUGUAGUAGGAUAUUGGUAUUUUAUCUAUAUGUCUAACGAGGGAGAAAAUUGGGAUUUCAUGAAGGUGGCGCCUGUUUUAACAGGACCUUUUUUCAUAGUAAUUGGUUAUAGAUUCAUUGCUUUAUGGUAUAAAAGAGAAGAAACAAAUGAAAUAUCUCAACUUGAACAACUAAGAGCCAAACAAAGCCUUAAAGUAGAAGAAUUAAAAAAGAAAACUGGUUAUUAUACAACUAAAACUUUGUUGGAAAGAUACGAUUCAACAACCAAACUUCCAGCAAAUCUUCCCGGUCAAAAAAAUCUACCAUUAACAACAGCACCUGGUAAUUUAAAACUUGGGCCAAAUUCUUUACGUCAACGCUUACCACCACCAAACAACAACAACAACAGUGGAGUUAAUAAUAAUAAUGGAAAUAUUGACCAACAAUUAUCUAGAUCAUUAUCAUCAUCGUCAAUAAAUCAAAUUAAUAAUAUACAAAAUCAGCAGCGUCAUUGGUAUGAUAAACUAGUUGAUGUAGUUGUUGGUCGAUCUACAACACCAAAACCAACAAGUAGAGAUUCAUCAUCAGGUCCGGAAAAAUCAAAAGAAAAACAUGAUAAUCAUGAUGACGAUGGUGAUGUUGCUGUUAAUAAAAGAUUGACAUCAAGAUCUAGAAGUAAAGGUAGUCAUCAUGGUGAUGGUACUGAGGGUGAUGACAAUAAUGAAGAUAAUGUUAAAGAUGAAGUUUGA